UAAUGAUGAGGUAUCAUGUUAAGACUGUGAAAGUACUAUUUACUCUACAAUGGUGAGGAGUCCUCAUCAAAAUCAAAAAAUCUAAUUUCUUUUACAGGACCCAGAUGCUAUACAGUGGGAAAACCAGCCUGGCAACAUAGUGCGUAUUAAUAAAAGGACACCACAUCCUGCCAAAUUCCAGCUGCGCUAAUUGUAUUGUGUUCACAGAGCUCACAAGCUGUCAGAAAGUUGUAUGGCAACCACCUCCGGCGCCAAAUAGAACUGGCAGACAUAGACAUUCAGUACAAGAAGAAAAAGAUGGAAAAUCUUGCACUGGAGUCCGAAAUAAAAAAGAGGACAAUUAGGAAACUGGACCUUGAAAUAAAAAAACUUGAGAGGGAGCUCCAAGAAGAUGACACAGCUCAAAAUAAAAAUUAGGUAUAUUCUCGUAAAGUCAAGUGAGCCAUGACAUAUGAGCUCUUAUUGUGAGCACACAGGACGGUGGCAUCUUUCUAAGGUUUUUUUUAUUUUCCCAGCAAUCAGUACAACCAAGUCAUCGUUAUAAGGCAUCGCCCUCUUUUGCCCACCCCCCCAGCACCAGGUGUGGCCACUAGCCUAUAUGAAGGCCCAAAAUUGUGUGUUCCUUUCUGCUCUGACAAUGGCAUGCCCAUUCGUGCGAGAUGUGGUGGAUGAAGAAGCACUUGUGCUGAGGAGAGCCUUCAGGCGAGAAAGGGUCUUCAGGGACCGGUUGGACCCACUGGCCUUCCCUGAUGACCAUCUAUAUGAAAGAUACAGGUUUUCUGCAGAUGGCAUCAGGUAUCUAUGCAGACUACUGGGUCCCAGGAUUAAGUACCGCACUGCACGGAGCCAUGCACUGAGUGUGGAGCAAAUGGUUUGUGUGGCCUUGCGCUUUUUGCUAGUGGAGCCUUCCUGUACUCAGUGGGGAUGCAGAACAGCUGAACAAGGCCACAAUUUGCCGCACAAUAAGGAGUGUGUGUCUGGCUAUCAAAGCAUUAGCAGAUGUCUUCAUCUCCUUCCCUGGCCACAGAAGACUCUGUGACAUCAAAGAGGAGUUCUAUAGGAUUGCAGAUGGUCUGCAAUGCUGACUGUGUGAUCAGCAAUGUUGUGGCAAAAUGGCCUGGCUCAGUCCAUGACUCCAGAAUCUUUCGGGCCUCUGAAAUCUAUCAGUGCCUAUCACAAGGUGAAUUCUCUGGUGUGUUGCUGGGAGACAGGGGGUAUGGCUGCCAGCCUUUUCUCCUGACACCUUUCACAGACCCCCAGGAAGCACAGCAGGCCUACAACCAUGCCCAUGCCAGGACCAGGGCCAGAGUUGAAAUGACCUUUGGCCUCCUGAAGGCACGCUUUCACUGCCUUCACAAAUUAAGGGUCAGCCCUGUUAGGGCAUGUGAUAUUACUGUGGCUUGUGCUGUCCUCCACAAUGUGGCCUGCCUGAGGAAGGAGAGGGCCCCCAGAGUGCCACCAGCCAUGGACUGGGACAAUCCGGCAAUCUUCCCUGAUGACGACAGUGGCCGGCUGCUGAGGGACCAAUAUGUGUUGAAUUAUUUUAGUUAGUAUGUGUGCUUUCAAUUUUGGUUAAAUAUGUCCUGCGGUGGCAGAGGAAUUUGGUUUUUUUGGGUUCGUUUUUUGACGAAUUUGGCCUCUUAUGAUGUUUGUGCGGUAUACUGUGUGUAAUACAAGGCUGCAGGGAGGCUACUGCAUCCAUUCAUUUGUCUGUUCAGUUGAUGUGUAUGGAUUUGUCCUGCAUUUAUUUUAGUGUGCAGACAUGCAGGGUGUGUUAUAUACAGACCUUUGAAUGUGUAUGUAUCAUUUUGUAUAAUAUGCUUGGAUUCUGUGCUUUCCAUCUUGUAGAGUCACUGUGACUUCAGUUUCGAAAGGAGCUGAUGGUUUACCUGCUUUGUUUUGUCCUUAUUCAAUAAAGGAACAUAAUGUUACACAUUGUGUUUUUAUAUUCA